UUUAAAAAUUAAAAUUAGUAUACAAAAGAAGUCCGUUUGUUGAAAUUUCGUAAGCACAGACGCAAUGGAGGGAGGCGGCUUUUCUUCUUCUUCUUCUUCUUCUUUUUCUUCUUCUUCUUCUUCUUGGCAGAAACGACCAUUCUCACGGUUCUUCUCUCUGUUUCUCAACAAUGGCUACGAAACCUGUGAAGUAUUUCGUGGUGGAUGCGUUCACCGAGUCCACGUUCAAGGGAAAUCCAGCGGCUGUUUGUCUAUUAGAGGAAGAAAGGGAUGAGAAAUGGCUCAAAGAUUUGGCGGCUGAGUUCAAUAUCUCCCAAACCUGUUAUUUGAUUCCGUUAAACAACGAACAACAAACUGAUGACUCCAUCAAACCCCCCAAGUUUAGCCUCAGAUGGUUCACUCCUGUUGCGGAGGUAGAGCUUUGUGGUCAUGCAACAUUGGCAGCUGCACACAUACUUUUCUCAACGGGUUUAGUAAAUUCAAAGAUUAUUGAGUUUUCCACUCUUUCAGGAAUUCUAACUGCUAAAAAGGUUCCAGAUGUCAAGCUUCUUGAGGUUUCAAAUGUUCAUAAUAAUGGUGAAACACAUGACAGUUACUUCAUUGAAUUGGAUCUCCCAGCUAUACAAACUGUUGAUCUCGACUCUGCUGCUGAUGUUUCUUCAAUCUCCAAAGCCUUGAAUGUUGCCUCUAUAGUAGACAUUAAGUUGUGCAAUGUGAAAUUCAAUAAUCUCAUGGUUGUUCUUCCUUCAGAUAAAGAAGUAGUAGAUUUUCAACCUAACUAUGAUGAGAUACAAAAGUUUCCUGGAACUGGGUUAAUCAUAACUGGAGCUUCCUCUGCUGAGUCGGAAUUUGACUUUUAUACUCGAUACUUCUGCCCCAAAUUUGGGAUCUAUGAGGAUCCUGUAUGUGGGAGUGCACAUUGUGCUUUGGCAGUCUACUGGGCCAAAAAGUUGGGCAAAUCUGAUUUUGUUGCUUAUAUGGCAUCACCUAGAAGUGGAAUAUUGCACAUCCAUCUGGAUGAACAAGAACAAAGAGUUCAGUUGCGUGGGAAAGCUAUUACUAUAAUGGAAGGUGCUGUUUUGGUUUAAAAUUUCAUGUUCAACCAUUGUUAAAUCUUCUCAUUUGCAUUAGAACUUUGAGUAAGUGUUACUCAUCAAGUAGUUAUUAUCAUGUACUGUUUUACUUUAUUUGGAAUUUGGAGGAUAUCGUACUCUUUAGUAAUAAAGGACUGUGAUUUUUUUUUCUUUUU